ACUAUUGUCUUGGUGGACAAGUGUAAGAAGGUUGUUGAAGGCCUUUGAUCCAAUAGGGUUGACAGGUUUGUAGCUCUAUUGUAGAUCUGUACCUCUAAAGCAUGUAUAUUUGCAUGAUCUAUUUUUUUUUAAUAUAAAUAAAUUAGAGUACCAAAGUUUCAUCUAUAGUCAUUCAUAUAUACAUAUUUUCCGAUGAAACUAACAAAAUAUUUUUUUAUUUAUUUAUAAUACCAACAAAAUAUCAUCAUGUAAAAGUAAAACAACUUUACCAUGCCAUUAAACUCAACCCCAUUACUAGAAUAGUUAAAUCAAUAAAUGUGAAUGUGAAAGUGAAAAUGACUUUGAGAAAUUUUAGCAAAUGAAAAGAAUGAUACGAUUCCAAGAGAUCUACUACAAGUAAUUGUAAGUUGUAACAUAGAAUUAGAAUCUGCAUCCAGUCAGUCCAGCGCGUUACAUCUGAUCUGAUCCAAUUUGAGACUGAUGGAGGCGCCAGCAGCACCAGUAGGAGUCAGCGCCGCCAUCACCGGCGUCGAAGAUGUUUCUCCGGCGGAAACUGCAAUAUUACGAUGGAAAUUGGCGGUGUGGCAACAAUAUCAACACGUGCUAGACAAAACAACCCCGCACGUGCUACGGCGUUGGAUAGGGUUCUCAGUUGUGGCUUUCAUCUACGUUCUCCGUGUCUACUUCUUACAAGGCUUCUACGUUGUUUCAUACGGUCUUGGAAUUUACAUUCUCAAUCUUCUCAUCGGUUUCCUCUCCCCUCAAGUUGAUCCCGCUAUCGCCGCCGAUGACGGUCCUACUCUCCCUAUCAGAGCUUCCGAUGAAUUCCGUCCUUUCGUUCGUCGCCUCCCUGAAUUCAAAUUCUGGUACUCGAUCACGCAGGCAUUUUGCAUUGCAUUUGUGAUGACUUUCUUUAGCGCGUUUGAUAUCCCUGUCUUCUGGCCUAUACUCCUCUUCUAUUGGGUGGUCCUGUUCUCGCUUACUAUGAGGAGACAAAUAGCACAUAUGAUCAAAUACAGAUAUGUACCCUUCACAUUUGGGAAACAGAACUAUCAGGGAAAGAGACCAUCGGCAGAAGAAAGCACAAGUCUUCCUGUGGACUGAAUUUUUCAGUUUUGUUACACAUUUAAGUCACAACUGAACCCCACAUGUGGCUUCAUAUCAUCUGCAGUAUAUUUGAGCCUGGAUGUGGACAUCUGAAUGUUCAAUUUCCUAUUGGGCAAACUAUAUUGAACAUCUCCAAUGUCUUCGGGAAGAUGUGGGAGCUGUUUCAUCACAUAGCCUUUCUGUAAAAUCCUUUUUAUUUGUUUUCUUUCUAUACAGGUUGGCAAAUUACAAACUCUUAUUGCUGAAUUCUAAGUCCAAUAUCAAAACAUUUACAAAACCUGUGCCGAAGGAACCCCCUUCAUUAUUUGCAAAUGGGGUUAAUACUGACCUGUCUUUUCCAUUGUAUUUUUUUUUUCUAGCUAUUAAUGAUAUGAUUUUAGGAAUCCCUCUCUUGGGUUAUGUUCA